AUGUUAUCUGAUGAUACAGGUCAUUUCGAAAAGGUGAAUGUAAGUACAGACCAUGAAAGUAGUGACUUAUCAAUCCUUAUUUUCUUGAAUUUGAGGUUAGAUGUGUCAGAAAAGUUACCACAAGAUAACUGGUUUGUAGUAGCUAAGCGUUCAUAG